CACCAGCAGGGAGGACAAAUAAGCUUUUUCCCUGCCUCUGGGCAGCUCUGCGCACUCUCCAACCAGCAGCUUGGAGAGGAAGAGAGAAGCUGCAAUUAUCCGGGGUCUGGACUCAGCUGCUCUCGGGGCACCAGUCUCCUCAGGACCUGGGGCUGCCAUUCCCAGAAAUAAGCACUUAACCAAAAGUGUGUGCCUCUGGGAAGCAGGCUGGACCCCAGGCUGGGGCUCUCCAGACGCAAACAGCUUGUGAUCCAAGCUCUGGAGAAAGGACCUUGUCGCCCGGGUUUCAUUUUCAGGCUGAAGUUUCUCUUGUGGGUGUGGUGGCCGCACCCAGGGACGUGGCAGCCAGCAGGGUGGGAGCACCUGGAUCAGCAUCACUGGCUUCUCGGGGACCCCAGAGGGCCACUCCGUCAUGGAUGUGGACAAUGGGUCCUGCUGCCUCAUCGAAGGGGACCCUGUGUCCAAGGUGAUGCCGCCGCUGCUCAUCCUGGCCUUCGUGCUAGGCGCCCUUGGCAAUGGCGUGGCCCUGUGCGGCUUUUGCUUCCACACGCGCACCUGGAGGCCCAGCACCGUGUACCUCUUCAACCUGGCCGUGGCCGACUUCCUCCUCAUGAUCUGCCUGCCUUUCAGGACCGACUACUACCGCCGCCACAGACACUGGGGCUUCGCCGACGUUCCCUGCCGGCUGGUGCUCUUCAUGCUGGCCACAAACCGGGCCGGGAGCAUCGUGUUCCUGACGGUGGUGGCUGUGGACAGGUACUUCAAGGUCGUCCACCCCCACCACGCACUCAACGCCAUCUCCAACCGCACUGCGGCCGGCGCCGUCUGCGUCCUCUGGACCUUGGUCAUCCUGGGGACCCUGUACCUCCUGCUGGAAAGUCACCUGUGCGCGCAGGACCAGGGCAUCUCCUGUGAGAGCUUCAUCAUGGAGUCAGCCAAUGGCUGGCACGAUGUCAUGUUCCAGCUGGAGUUCUUCCUGCCCCUGGGCGUCAUCCUCUUCUGCUCCUGCAAAGUCGUGGGGAGCCUGAAGCGGAGGCAGCACCUGGCCCGACAGGCACGGACCAGGAAGGCCAUCCGCUUCAUCGUGGUGGUGGCUGCAGUGUUCGUCACCUGCUACCUGCCCAGCGCGCUGGCCCGACUCUACUUCCUGUGGACGGUGCCCUCCAGUGCCUGCGACUCCUCGGUGCACUUGGCCCUGCACCUCACCCUCAGCUUCACCUACCUCAACAGCGUGCUGGAUCCCCUCAUCUACUACUUCGCCAGCCCUUCCUUCCCCAGAUUCUACACCAAGCUCAAAACCUGCAGCUGGAGCCCUCGGGGCCAGGACGCCCCAGGACGCCCCAGGACGCGCGAGCCUCAGAAGCUGCCGGCCUCGAGCCUGUGUCCAAAGAGCUGCCUCAGCGUGGAAGGUAGUCUCCGGAGCCGGCUGGACACCCAGUGGGACCUGCAGGCGUGUCACUGAGACAGGCAGGCCAAGGCGUCAAAGGGACAGACGGGCAGCUUGGGGUGAACCUGUGCUUGUGCAUGGUGGCCUUGGAAAAGGCGGUAUCCCCACCCCACCCCACCCCACCUCUGUCAGAACUGAAAACGGCGUCCCUCUACCUUUUUGGAAGGUUCCGGGAGAUGCAUGUGAGUGGUUUGCAUUUCUGUGUUGCAGUUGCAGUAAUAGGGGACCACUGCAGGGAACUCGGAGGCUGCAGGCUGCAUGUCAUUUUCAGCUGCUGAGGAAACAAUGUUGAUUGCCCUGGGGCAAGUUAAUGAGGUUAACGCCUCCCAGUGGCCCUCCAGCCUAGCUUAGCUUGGGAGGCAGAGACUCACAGAAGGCGCUUUGCUUUUCGUGUGCUUUAGACCGCAUUGCCUCAGCCUGGUGACCCCGUGCGUCUCCCAAGGGCCCCAGGGAGCCCAUCUUGCUUUGCCCUUGGAGCCCCCACAUUUAUCUACAGAUCUUUGCAUUUCAAAGAAAGCACUGAAGGUUAUGUUUUCCUGCCCUGGCUUCUCCAAGGCAGCAGAGAGCUUGGGAAAGGAAAAAAAAAAAAAAAUCCUUCUGGGCUAAGUCCAAGCUAAUUGCUUUCGGCUGCUGUUAUGCAAGUGUGGAUUGGAAUCAUUCAUUCAAUUUUCCAAGUAUUUAUCGACUUCAGCCUCAGGCAGGAAGCUCACUAGUCAACUUUGUGUGACAGCAAAGUUUUGGGGGUGGCAGAGAGGUUCAAAGCCUUCACCUUGUAGCUGAAUAGCAUCCUGCCCUGUUCUGUGCAAACCGCAGGAUUUCCCUUUCUUUGCGGGACCCCUUACAUAUAUGUACAUCCCAAGUCUGCUCUCAAACUAUCAAAACUAGCUGGUUCCAUGCAGUGACAGGCUGUCCCAGUCCUGAAUUAUGGGGAAAUGUUCCCUGCUAACCUUGGCUCCGUUCUCCAAGUGUGAAGUGUGAAAAUCGCACUCUAUUCCUAUAUCUGUAUCUGUUUCUCAGAUCCUACUGUCCUCUCCACACGUGGACCUUGCCAGCCUCUCAUCAGUUAGCCUGGAAACAGCGCCUAGGCUGUCUCUACCCUUUCCUUUUGCAGAGGUACAGCACGGCCUGCCGAAAAAAAGUGUGGCCCGCCCGCACUUUAGGUCCAUCCAGAUCUGAAUCCCAGCUCAGCCACUUGCUACACGCAUGAUUGUGGGGAGAUUGUACUGAACCCCUUCCAGUUUCAGCUUCCUCUUGUCAGACAGGAGUAACAGUAAUAUUGACUUCCCAGAGUCAAUGCAUGCACAGUCCUGAAGCAAGAUUUUGUCUACCACUGUGUCCCUGGGGCCUAGAAAAACGCCUGCAUAUCCUGAAUGCGCAGUAAAGGCCUGCUGAGUGAGUGCAGAGAGAGGCACGUGUGCAGCUCGGUGUCUGGAGUCAGUGGCUGAGUUGCGACUCAUUACAUUGCUACGCUUUUACACAUAAGGAAACUGAGGCACAGGCAGGUGCAGUGCCGCUUGGGAGGCUGAGGCAGGAGGAUUGCAGAGUCCAAGGCCAGUCUGGGCUACAUAGUGAGAUCUUGUCUCAGAAAAACCCACACAAAAGAAAAAGCAAUUAAAACAGAACAGAAACAAACACACACAUGCUGAGGCGCAGGAGCCCUUUAAGUAGCUGCUUGAUUAUCACGACCUGAAGCCCUUGUUCUCCACUGCUCUGGGCCGCUUGGGGAGCCAAGGGUAUGUGAGCAUCUCUGGCCUGAUAGGAAUCUGUGGAAAUCUGCGCUUCUGCUUUUAACCUAUUCUUCCUUGCAAUUGCUUCCGCGCACGCCCCGCGGUUGCUUCAUCUUAAUAAAGCCAGGUUUUGAAAGAA